AUGAGUCGCAAACAAACUCCAAGUGACUUUCUGAAGCAAAUUAUCGGCCGUCCUGUUGUGGUGAAGCUCAAUAAUGGUGUCGAUUACCGAGGUAAACGAGAUUCGUUACACUUCCUACAUCAUAAUUUUACCACGUGCUUCUCUAAAAUAACAACGUUCAAAUUGAGAAAAAACAUCAACCUUCUUACGAUAUUUUAUGAUGAAGAGAGUCAAUCCUUUUCACGUCUUUUUGUUACUUACGGCUCACCUUUUUUGCUGUUGCAUUUAAGUUUGGCCCGUUUCAUUUCAUUCCAGCAUGAAUUAAACCCUCCGACCAAUUAAAAACAAACAAAACAAAGACAAAAAAUAAAUUUUAAAAAAUAUUGAAACAAAAAAAUAAGACGAGCUGCAGUUAGCUCUGUCAUUAAGGUCAACUAGUUGUAUGUUCUUGUCAAUUUGAAUAGUUUUCGUAUUUUAGUAUUACACUUGAAACAAAUUUUUCAUCUUUUUGUUAUAAUUAUUUUAUUCCGUGAUUGGAAAACGCCUGAAUAAAUACAGACAGGGGCCUCGUAUUCAUCAUUAACAAUUUCAGAUCUUAAAGAAAUGCCAUGGAAAGUUUGGUUUCAUGUGUGUGAUCAGGAAAGUUUGUGACAUGCUGGAACAUCUUUCAUCUCUGUCAUUUUAUAGUCAUAUACAUUUUAUGGUUACUGGUGAAACUAGUAAACACAUUUUAUCAUGCUGUAAGUAAGUAAAGGGCAUUUUGUGUCCUUUUCAGAAAGUUAUUAUAAACUCACAAAGUGAGACCAAAAAUUAGUUGACAUAUUUUGGUGUUCUUUUAAAGGACUUUUACCUUAGUUUUCUCUGCAACCAUUGAUUGGUUCAUCACACAAUACACUCUCUCCUUAUCUCCCUCUAUAGAGGGAAAGAGUAUGUUGUAUGACAACUCAGUCAUCGUAAUGACUGAGUUGUGAAAACUAGAGGUUGAUCCCAUGCUCAUCAUUUGGAUUGCUGCGUUCCUAACAGACAGACAGCAGGCUGUAAGAACAGGUGCAACACUAUCAGAUUGGAAAUUCCUCAAGGGAGGUGUGCCUCAGGGAGUUAAACUAGGAGUGAUACUUUUCAUAAUAAUGACAAACAAUCUUUUAGCCGAUUGGCCACUGAGAGUCGAGUUUCUGGAUGACACGUCUGCCAUAGAAAUACUACCCAGGAACUCUAUCAGUCUGCUCAAUUCGAUUGUAUAUGACAUUCACAGAUUUUCUAUGGAUCACAACAUGCAACUAAACCCUAUUAAGUGUAAAGAGAUGUUAAUUAACUUUAUGUUUUAUCCUAACUUUACUCUCAGACCAUUAGUUGUUGGUAACAACAGUAUAGAACAUGUAUCAACCAACAAGAGUAUUUAUCAAUAGCACCCUUGGUGGAAUAGUCAUGUGGACUACAUAUAUAAAGAAGCUUGCAAGAAGCUCUACUCCCUACAUAUUCCAUGUCAAGCCAGCAUGGAUCAAGGUAGCUUGUUAAAGGUCGACACAAGCUUUGUUAGAUCUGUUCUGGAGUACACCGUGCCUGUGUGGCAAUCCAUUCCAGGUUAUCUGUCUGACAAAAUUGAAUCCAUACAGAAAAGGGCACUUAAGAUAAUUUUCCCAUGUGCUGAUAGCUACUCAGAUGCCCUUGAGUUAGCAUGGGUGGAGACCCUUGCGUACAGAAGAGAUGAGAUAUGUAAAGAGUAUAUGUGCAAAAUGAAGGACUUAAACCACCCUCUUCAUCCUCUUCUAACAACACGCCUAGAUGAUACCUGUCCCUACACCCUAGGGCACAAAUCAGACCAGCUGUACUUUUACAGAAACUUACUACCUGUAGAACAAAGUGCACCAAAGACUUUUUCACUUUUAAGUAUUUUUAACAAAUGUGAUACAUGUUCUGUUGUGGUGUAUAUAAUUUGUACUUAAUAUAUACAGAAAUGUACAUUGUUGAUCUUAUUAAGUUGUAUUAUAACUUGUUAAUUCAGCAAGUUACUGCAAUAGAGUUUAAUAAACUGUUAUUAUUAUUAUUAUUGCAAGACCAAACAACAGCUGCAAGAGACUAGUUUUACCAUUUAAACACAAAAAUAAGUGAUAUUUCCCUGUCAAUUACAUUAAAAGGAAAAAAAAACAAUUUCAAGGUUCCUUAAUUGAGGUUAAUUCCAUUAUGAGUUUUACAUUUUAUUUUCCCACAACACCUCUAUAUAGUUAGUUAACUAUAGAGUUUGCAAAUGUCAGACACUUUCCUUCAUUAAGGUGACACCAUUCAGGUUCUUACAAACUCCUUGCUAUCAUUACAAAAGUAUGCUCACUUAUGUCUGUUAUUGACAGUUAAGGUGCUAUUCGUUAGCAAAGGAGAUGACAGCUGACCCAUGAAACAUACAAAAAUACAUGUAAAAGGUUACCUAGUGUGUGUUCACCCAUUACCAGCAGUAACCAUUUGCACCUUGUGAAUGCUUUUGUUUAACUUGUGAUGUUGUCUCCCAUUGUGCACUUUUGAUCACUAGGUAUGUUAAAAAGCACACUAUAAAUUAAUAAAUUAUUAUUAUUAUUAUUAUUAUUAUUAUUAUUAUUGUUAUUAUUAUUAUGGCAUACCAUGUCAAUUUAAUUAUUUAAUGUCUUUGGGUAGACACGUAAAUACUAUUGGUUGUGAUUUCUUUCAGGAGUACUUGCCUGCCUUGAUGGUUACAUGAACAUUGCCUUAGAACAAACAGAGGAGUAUGCAAAUGGACAGGUGAGCCAAAUUUCUUGUACCUAUUUCAUAUUAAUCAAUGCUCUCAUGUUUGCACUUCUCUCCUCCUUGUCCACAAAAUUAAGUUUUGCCUUUAGACUCAUUUCCUUCACUUACCUUGAAGCCUUCAAUAUGGCUGGCAUUGUUUUCUUCUUGUGGAAUGAUUUAUGGAUGUUUUUUUAACAGUGUGGAGUUAGGAAAAAAGGGUAAAGGGUAGUGAUUAACCUUUUAACCCCUAAGAGUGACCAGCAUCUAAUUUCUCCUUACAGUAUCACUCUUGAAUCACACAUUUAGGUCAUGAGAAUAAAGGAAAUCAUCAGCAACUAAAGAAGCUCUGGAUUGUUAAACAAAUUCUCCAUGUUGGUACUUUAGGAAAUGUAUAGAGACCUGUAUGGAGAAUAUGCAUACUGAUGUUGGGUUGUAAAGGGUUAAUGAAAUGAAAGUGAACCAUCUCAGUACAAUAGAACUCUCAAAACAUCACAGUCUAUAAUAAGUUUGUAGCCUUAUUGAAGCAUUUUUUCUUCAACUGGAUUUCCCAAAGGGAGGGGGAAGAGUUAAAAAAAGCACAAGUGGAAUUUUUAGGCAUUCAGGAAUUUCUAGAAGUAAGUUGGUAGACAAACAUUGUGGGUAUGGAUAUUUUAUAGAAUCCAUGGCUUAAUUUCAACUAAUAAUUAAUUUAUGCAACACUGCAAUCUAAUUAAUCUCAUUUAUUUUUCAGCUGAAAAACAAAUAUGGUGAUGCUUUUUUGAGAGGAAACAACGGUAUGUAGCUGUUAGGAUCUAAGUCUGUUGAAGGGACACUCCUUGUUCUUGAAAAUAAAAAUCAUAAAAGAAGGAUAAUGAAAUAAACCCUCAUUCCUAUUUUAAAAGGAAAAAAAAGAAAUAGAAAUUAAUAAACCAGCCAUGAUUUUAUGUUAAAUUCCAUUCUCUGUCAUAAAAUUGUAAAUUUUAGCUCAUCACUACUUUGUGUUUUGCUCUUUGUAUCCAUCUGAUUUUAUUUGCGUUCAUCUACUAUCCUUUCAGAAGCCAGGGUUUGCAUGGAAAUUCUUCAUUCAUAGUUCUGCAAGAGUGAACUUCACACCCCCACAAUUUAACCCUUUUAAACUCCUGCAAGUGACUAGGAUCUAAUUUCUCCUUACAAUAUCACCCCUAAAUCAAACAUUUAGGUCAGGAGAAUAUAGAAAAUGAUUACCAACUAAUGAAGCUUUUGAUUGUUAAGCAAACUGUCCUUGAAGGCGCAUUAGUAAAUGCACAGAGAACAGUAUGGAGAAUAUGCAUACUGAUGUUGGAGUGUAAUGGGUUGAGUGAGCUAUGUUACUGAAAGAUGGAUCUGUUCCUUUUCAGUGUUGUACAUCAGCACUCAAAAGACGAGUAGAAGAUGA